ACAGUUUGCUACUACUUAAAAGCGAUUUAACCUUUAAGUUUGGAUUGGAGUGUCAAACUUUAGGAGCCAAAUUUUGCAUACUACUUGCUUUCAGUUUAAUAGUUAUUAGUGAAUAAAAAUGUUCUUGUUUGAUUGGAUGACAAAUAUUCUGAAUUUCCUAGGGCUAUGGAAGAAAAGUGGAAAGCUGCUCUUUCUUGGUUUGGACAAUUCUGGUAAAACAACAUUACUGCACAUGCUCAAGGAUGACAGGAUGGCUCAGCACGUGCCAACCCUUCAUCCAACAUCUGAAGAAUUAAGCAUAGGAAAUAUGAAAUUUACAACAUUUGAUUUGGGAGGCCAUCACCAAGCCAGAAGAGUUUGGAGAGAUUACUUUCCCGCUGUUGAUGCAAUCGUUUUUCUAAUUGAUGCAUUUGACAGAGAAAGGUUUUCGGAAUCAAAAGUGGAACUGAAUAGUUUGUUAACAGACGAACAGUUAGCCAAUUGUCCUGUGCUUGUUUUGGGAAAUAAAAUUGAUAAACCCGGAGCAGCUAGUGAAGAUGAGCUGAGAGCUUAUUUUGGACUGUUUGGACUGACAACAGGAAAG